UUUUCAACGCACACAGUCUGGUGGCUUUCGCCUCCCGAGUCGGCUCCAGCCUGCAACCAUCAAUCUUCUAUCAUGGGGCGCAUGCACAGCUCUGGUAAGGGUAUGUCCUCUUCGGCUCUGCCGUACAAGAGGAGCCCGCCAUCUUGGUUGAAGAUCACAACCGCCGAGGUUGAGGAGCACAUCUGCAAGCUCGCUAAGAAGGGAUUAACCCCUUCUCAGAUUGGUGUGAUUCUGAGGGAUUCGCAUGGUAUCGCUCAGGUCAAUAGCGUUACUGGGAGCAAGGUCCUCCGUAUUCUCAAAGGACACGGUAGCGAUUUCCGACUUUCUCUUUAGACCUUCUGUAUGCCGCACUGGAAAGUCUUGGGGCUUAAACAGUGAGCUGUCAGGGGCUAUGCAUGGUCUGGGUCCUGAGAUCCCUGAAGACCUGUACCACUUGAUCAAGAAGGCCGUUGCCGUGCGUAAGCAUUUGGAGAGGAACCGCAAAGAUAAGGAUUCCAAGUUCCGUUUGAUUUUGAUCGAGAGCCGUGUACACCGGUUAGCUCGCUACUACAAGCGCACAAAGAAGCUUCCCCCCACCUGGAAGUAUGAGUCUGCCACCGCCAGUACACUCGUUGCUUAGGUGAAGAGGCCACUCGAUUGCCUCCAGAUUGAAGAAGCUCUUGCGGCGACACCUAGCUUUGCAUUCCAACUGUGUACUGAACAAAGACAUGCGUUAAUUGAAACACUCCGUCUUCAGGUUGCCACUGUUAGUAUUUGUGAAACUUUGCACUGAAAUCGGAUUUUUUACUGUUAUAUUUGCCUGAAAUAUACUGCCCAGAUCUUUCUUAUUGCACUUCUGGGAGAUUUCGAACUUUCAA